AUGGCCCAGAGCGCCAGAGUGUUGAACAACACCUCGGGUACUCGCCGAAAGCCGGUGUGCCUGGUGCACGAUGAGGCCCAUACAACCUGUCUCUCCUAUCUCCGUGAUCACACCUCAUUGUUGGACUCCUGCCCUGAGACACCACUGAUUCUCCCAGCGAGCGAGAUCCAGAAGUUUUUCAUUGAUCGCAGUUGCUUUGACUGGUUUGCCUAUAUUUUGGAGGGCAGUUUGGAUUUCGACCGCCUGCAGGCCGCGUGCGACAUGGUAGUAAAGAAACACAGCAUACUGCGAACCUUUUUCACCCAGAACGACCGUCGCAUUCUUCAAGUUACUCUACCACACAUGAAAGCACCGCUACAUCGUAUUACGACCGCUCGCAAGGUGUCUGCGGUAGCCGAGAAGCUCUGGAGCCAUUCUUCUUCCCAAUCGCUACCAAUGGAUCUUCUCCCCUUUCGGUUGAUACUUGUCUCCAACACCGAAGCAAAUCAACAUGCGUUAACUUUACGGCUGUCUCAUGCCCAAUACGAUGGUCUUUCUUUGUCAACUCUCACUGAGGACCUCGCCGUAGCCUACGGUGGAGGCGCUCUCUCUUUCAGCCUACAGUUUUCUGACUACGUCGAGUGUACUGCCCAGCAAGAUCAUACGGCCAGCUACGCCUUUUGGCGCAAAUACCUGGAAGGUUCUACUAUGACAAACCUACAGGACUGCAAAUUCGAUACUGAGGACCGAGCAACCAACCCAGAGGAUUUCGAAUCAGUAGACGCAAAAGCACUUGUCACGUCCCCCUGUGAGCCUCCGGAUGGAAUCACCAUGGCCACGUUGAUCAAAGCAGCGGGGGCCCUAGUGCUUGGCCAACUGACUCACAAGAAAGAGGUUGUUUUCGGCCAAACAGUCAACGGACGCAGUGGGCUCCCUCUUUCUGGGAUUGAAAGCAUUCUGGGGGCUUGUCUCAAUUUCCUUCCCAUCCGCAUCGACACACUACCAAUUAGCUAA